ACAAAACAAAAAUAAACAAAAGAAAAUAAUUCAAAAAUAAAUAAACAAAAAAAAUAAUUGAAAGAGAGAGAGAAGAGAAAGUUUGAUACUUUUAAUAUUGAGUUUCUUCUGUAACCACAAAUAGAGAGUAAAAAGAAGAAGAAGAAGAUCAGAGAGAGUCAAGAGCCUUCUCCAUUUGAAGCUCUUCUCUCUCUCUCUCUCUCUCUCUCUCUCUCUCUCUCUCUCUCUCUCUCUCUCUCCCUCUCUUUGGUGAAACAGUAGAUAGUUUUAAGGUUUUUUUUUUUUCUUUUUUCUUUUUUUUUGCCUUUAGUUUGAAAAAAGAAUCCAUUUUUAUGCUUCUAUAUCACUCCUCUUGAAGCUUUAAACCUCUCUUUCCUCUUCUCUCUCAUUUUUCUAAUGUCAUCUGGACUUGGGAAGAGUCAAAGCUAUCUGGGUCAUCCUCAGCUUUGACAAAACAACAAUAAAGAUUGAAACUUUAUUGAAGAAAGAUAUCAAGAAUUAAAAACCCAAAAAUGGAGAAAAAAUCAUCAGUUAAGAAGAAACCCAUUAUGAGUAUUUCACUCUUCACCACUUUCUCUGAAUCUUUCUCCAUAACCACAGCUAAAUCCCCAAGAAAUUUCCAAGCUGGUGUUGUGGGUUUAGGCAUAGUAGCUGCCAUGACUGAUUUAACCUCCUCCAAUUCUCAUGGAGCUGAACCAUUUGUAGUGGUCUCACCUAGAUCAACUACUACUCCCACUACUCCUCCAAUCCCAAUUGUCUCUUCUGCUUCUAAAGCCACUGCUAAUUUCAGAGGUGGUGGUGGUGGUUUUGAUAAUCAAAUUCACCAUGUUGUUGAAGAUGAAGUGGUUGAUGAAUUGUCUGAAAGUUAUACUUGUGUUAUAUCUCACCAUGGCAACAAUUUGAUUAGGAAACGUGUUUAUUAUGAUGAUAAGCUUAAUGGUGUUGUUGAUAAUUCUUAUAUGGUUGUUACUUCUGGUGUUUUCUCUGCUUCACCUGCCAAUAUUGGAGAUGUUGAUAGAGAGUUUUGGACCCCAGAUUUUUUGAAUUCUUGCUUUCUUUGCAAGAAGAAUCUUCAAGGACUGGACAUUUUCAUGUACAGAGGAGAAAAGGCAUUUUGCAGCAGUGAUUGUCGUGAGAAGCACAUGAGAAGUGAGGAUUACAAAGACAAAUGCAGAUCAGAAGCAAGGAAACCAUCUCUUGAUUACACUGUCUCUCCUUGCUCAAGUCCUCAGGUGUUUUUGGCUGGUGUUGCUGCAGCUUAAUAUAGAUAAAUAAAUAAAUAUUUUUAUUUAUUUUUACUUAAUAAACAUUAGUUGGAGAGUAUUAGUAAAUAAAUAGGGUGCCAAAAGGGUAUCCAAAAAUAAAUAAAAAUUGGUUAUAUAUAUAUGUUAUAAUAAUAGACUAUACAACAAAAGUAGCCUUAUAAAUUAUUAUAUACAUUAUUAUUAUUAUUAUGUACACUAUUAUUUUUAUGUCCUUAUUUAGUAGUGCAUGAAGCUUAUCUUACUUUCUA